CUUUAAAAGACUCUAAGCGGGAGUCGACGCGAACGGUGUUCUCUCUUCUCGCUCUCGCUCUCGCUCUCGCCGCUCGCGUUACAAUAUACACCGACUGUAUGAGAGAGACAGAAAAAAGGGGGAAGAAGAGAAAAGAAAAUGUAGAAGUGCAGAUUUGAGUAAAGGAAUAAGGCGUUCACAAAGAGGGAGAGAGAGAUCGAGGGAAUAAGUGACGGGAUUCGCCGAAAAUGACGACCGGGAUAAUCCAAGACCAGAACUUGGAGAAGCAGAUAGAGAAGCAAAUGGGAUGCAUGGCUGGAUUCCUUCAGCUCUUUGAUCGUCAUCAGCUGCUCGCAGGGAAACGCCUCUACUCCACCAAACGCCUCCCUCCCUCCCAGGCAGUCGAUUCUACAACGCAGUCGGAGAAUUCCCUGGGAUCUCCAGCGUGCCCUAGCGACCUGCAACAGCAGCAGCAGCAACAACAACAACAACUUUAUGUGCGGCCAUCUCCAGAAAACGUGAAGCAUUCCACGCCGGAAAUCCGUAAUCCGGUGCCGGAAAUUGCAACUCCGGUUGAGACUCCGGUGAAAACGCCCCUUCCUCUUCCAGUGUUCGAUUUCAAGGAAGGUUUACGAUCCUCGUGGAAGUUCAAAGAAGCACCGAGGCUUUCUCUGGAUAGCAGAGCUACUGUUGAUGGAAAGGGAAAACUGUACCCGAGGGAGAUCCAAACGAAUGCAGCAAUUUUCGCUGCGACUCAAUGCAGCGUAAACUCUGGAGAAGCGGCCUCUGCCGAUGAUAAUGAUAAGCAGCGCCGUUCGCCCAGCGUCAUCGCACGGCUUAUGGGCCUCGAGGUGCUGCCAGACUCCGGCCGCGAACCUCUGAAGAAAGCUGAGCAGCCUGAGCUAAGGAGAUCUGCUUCGGAGUCCAGGGUGUCAAGAGAUCUGCUUCAGUAUCGUUUUGUAGACGGAAACAACUUCCAGAUGAAGCAGCCUUGCCAGACGAAUUUCGGAAGCAACGUCAUAAGCAAUGCGAUAAGAGAUAAUAAAUCAAACGUUAGGACGCCGGAUUUUAUGGACUUCUGCGUCAGAAAACCGAAACACGAGCAACCGAAAUCUCCGAGCGGAUGCCAAUCCGCGUCCACAUGGAAAGCGCCCCAGCAACGUAAGAGUUUUUUUGAUGCACAGGAUUUCUUUCCGGAGCCAAAGCAGACGGGCUCUCUAUAUGGAGAGAUCGAGAAACGGUUGAAGAUGCGGGGAAUCGACGAACCAGCCAAGGAUCUGGAGACGCUGAAGCAGAUUCUCGAAGCUCUGCAACUCAAAGGGCUACUGCAUUCUAAGAAAUCGGCAGAGCAACAGAUCGGGCAUAGGAAUUUCAUCUAUGAUCGGAAGUUUUACGCCGAGGAUUCCCCGAUUGUCGUCAUGAAGCCAUCGAGGUCACCAAUUUCGACCAAUCGUGCUAGAAGAACUACAGCGGAAUCACCUCCUCAGAAUUUCAGAUCCAAAGCUGGACUUCGUAGGAACCUAAAUCUCGCUAGUGAGGCAUCGCCGCCUGUCAAACCGAGAGGAGGUCGGCCGGAACUGGAUCGAAACUUGCAAAAUGAAAGGAAAGCGAGAAGUUCAAUGUCUCCUGAUCGAAACGAGAGCAGUGCAAGAAGUCCGAGUUCUCUUGCACGGAGAAAACCACUAAGCAUUGAUUUCCAGCGGAGAGCAAAUGAUCCAGUGGAGCAGCAGCGGAGGACCUCUCCCAUUCACUCCCCGAAAAUAAAUUCGAAGAAAGUCGGAUCGGAUCAAACGACGAGUAGAUCACCGAGGAACAGGAAAAGGACGCCCGAGAUUUCCCCAAAAGAGAGAAUUUGCAGUCCCACGGAGGAUCAGUCAUCCACUAUCUCUGAGAGCAGCAUCAGUACGUCCUCUCUGGUAGACGCAGAGUCACAAAGAUCAAAAAUGGAAGCUUGCAAUCAAGGAAGGAGCCUCUUAGAAAGAUGCGAUAAGCUGCUUCACAGCAUAGCUGAAAUCACAGCGACCGAGUUGCAGCCGAGCCCCGUCUCAGUCCUUGACUCGUCUUUCUACAAGGACGAGUCGUCACCUUCGCCCGUCUUGAAACGGUGCAUCGAUUUCAAAGAUGAAUCAGGAGAGCUGGAAGAUGAGAACUGGAGCCCGGUGGUUUCGCCCGUCCGAUUGAAAUUUGAAGAUAAAACGGAUGACUCCGAUUUCCUUUACAUCUCGGACAUGCUCCGAGCUUCAAACUGUCUACCCGAGGACUCUGAUGUCUUCCUUUUGUUGGAGAAACAAUAUUACAAGGGGGACUCGUCGUCAAAGGCUUCCGCUCUCCAUCGGAAGCUUGUUUUUGACACAACAACUGAAAUUCUGGACAGAAAGAGACAAUUGCCGCCGUGGAAGGCCUUUACCGUAAUCGGAAAGGCAUCGUUGCAGCAAGUAUGGUCGGAGUUUCGGAGGAUCCGAGAAAGAGAUCCUGCGGAAGACCUGGUGGAGGUCAUCUGCGGGGUGCUCCGGAAGGACAUGGCUGGAGACGCGGUCAACGGAUGGGGAGAUUGUCCUGAGGAGAUGUCAGAAGCGGUAUUGGACAUUGAACGGAUGAUAUUCAAGGAUCUUGUGGCGGAGACUAUCCGAGAUCUCGCUGCCUUUGCCGGGAAAAUCAGAGUUCCGGCGCCUCCUCGAAGGAAGUUGGUAUUUUGAAUGGAAGCGCGCUACUCCUUUCGUUGGGUCUCGGACCUAUGGUUCUUUUGUUUUUGUUUCUUUCUUAAUUAUAUAGAAUUUAUAAAUAUGGGCAAUUAAUAUAUAGGAUAAGAUGUGUAGGAAACGUCGUCGUUUGGUUCACCAUCCAGGCAUCCACCCAAACGAGUUUCCUUUUUAAACGCCGGUUGCCUUUUGAAGAUUUUCGCUGUAAGAGCAAGAUAUCGCGCAAUGAUUUGUCCUACGACACUCCCAGUAAGAAGCAGAAGAAUCAAAGAGAAAAUACGAAAAAACUAACUUUCGCUUUCGCUGAAAUGUGUAAAGCAGCGGUGUAAGUAAGCUGUAAAGAAAGAAAUCCAGUCCCAAGAAUCUUCGUAUGUUCUA